GCGCGGAGGCGGCGGGAGGAAGCUGGCGGCCGCGGGCCGAGGUCGGAACUCCGGGCCCCGGAGGCUAGAGCCGGGCGGCCGCGGCGGCCGCGUCCCUUCUCUUCCCUUUCCUCUCCCGGCCGAGCCUGGGUGCGCUUGGGGACCGGCCCUAAAAAGCGCAGGAAAUCUGGUUGCCGCCCGCGGAGAGGCGCCUUUGUCUGGAAAGUCGGCAUCGCCGGCCGAGGCUGCAAUGAGCUCCUGGUGACAUUAGUCCGGGGCGGACCGGCAGGGCUAGGGGCGUCGCGGCGCUCAGCCCUGCCCCGGGAGGCGGACCGCGCAGGUGACUUCGGUGCACUGGUGUCAUCUGCGGACCCCUGCCCCUCGCCGGAGGCUGGGCAGGUCCCGAGCCCGCGGCACAGCCGAGCAAGCCGUCGCCAGCAGUGCCCUCCUCGCUCCCUGACUUUGCAGCGCCGCGCUCCGGGAGGACCAACCUUGGCGAGGAAGGAGCGGGAGCCCCACAGCGGGACCCCAGCCCUGACAUGCUCCCGGCAGAACCCGAGGAAGCCAGGAGCUGAGCGCAGCACCCCGGCCGCUCCGGCUCCAGAGACUUGUUCUGCGCCCGGAGGCAGCCGCGUCGAUCCGGGGGCGCCCCCUCCCCGAUUCCCGCCCCUGGCUCCGUGGCCGGCCGGACCAUGCUGCUGAAGGAGUACCGGAUCUGCAUGCCGCUCACCGUGGACGAGUACAAAAUCGGACAGCUGUACAUGAUCAGCAAGCACAGCCACGAGCAGAGCGACCGUGGAGAAGGGGUGGAGGUCGUCCAGAAUGAGCCCUUCGAGGACCCUCACCACGGCAACGGGCAGUUCACCGAGAAGAGGGUGUAUCUCAACAGCAAACUGCCUAGCUGGGCUAGAGCUGUGGUCCCAAAAAUAUUUUACGUGACAGAGAAGGCUUGGAACUAUUAUCCGUACACAGUUACAGAAUACACAUGUUCCUUCCUGCCAAAAUUCUCCAUCCAUAUAGAAACCAAGUACGAGGACAACAAAGGAAGCAACGACAGCAUUUUUGACAAUGAAGCCAAAGACCUAGAGAGAGAAGUAUGCUUUAUUGAUAUCGCCUGUGAUGAAAUUCCAGAACGCUACUACAAAGAAUCUGAGGACCCUAAACACUUCAAGUCAGAGAAAACGGGCCGCGGCCAGCUACGGGAAGGCUGGAGAGAUAGCCACCAGCCCAUCAUGUGCUCCUACAAGCUGGUGACCGUCAAGUUUGAAGUCUGGGGGCUUCAGACCCGAGUGGAGCAAUUUGUGCACAAAGUGGUCCGGGACAUUCUCCUGAUUGGACACCGGCAGGCUUUUGCCUGGGUUGAUGAGUGGUAUGACAUGACAAUGGAUGAGGUCCGAGAGUUCGAGCGAGCCACUCAGGAGGCCACCAACAAGAAGAUCGGCGUCUUGCCCCCCGCGAUCUCCAUCUCCGGCAUCGCCCUGCUGCCCUCCUCCGUGCGCAGCGCGCCCUCCAGCGCGCCGUCCACGCCCCUGUCCACCGACGCACCCGAGUUUCUGUCUGUUCCCAGAGAUCGGCCCCGGAAAAAAUCGGCUCCAGAAACUCUCACGCUCCCAGACCCCGAGAAAAAAGCCACCCUGAAUCUGCCUGGCAUGCACUCUUCCGAUAAGCCAUGUCGGCCCAAGUCAGAGUAACUUUCUAGGAGCAUCUCAUGGGGUUUUCUAUUUUCCUUUGGGGUUUUACUUUUGCUUCUUUCGUUGCUGUCUUCUGAAGGAACUUCUGGUGUAGGAAAAGACUGCCUUGUCUCUCAGACGUGUUCCUUUGACCUCGAGUAUUGCAUGUGGUUAAGUAAUUUUACAAAUAGUACGAAUCCCUAAGUAUGCCAUGCAGCAUAGCGGUAGAUGUAAGACUCGCAGAACAACAGAAGGCAUCUUCUGUAGCCGCCGCCGCCAGCCAGGGAGGGGACCUUGUUCUUGGGCACUUGUUGAGGUUGGCGUGGACUUAAAGGGUGAAUCUAGGGAAGUUUGCACCCCUUUGUGCCGGGGGUGGUACAAUGGUGAAGGCUCCUUCCUCCCAUCAAACCUGAAAUUCUCAAAACUACUCUCAGGCGUCACAUACCUAAUUGUUCAAUUCUGAACUGCUGACCACCGAUACUUGAACACCCGUGGUUCCUGAGAUUCCUAUUUUGGUUAGCCUGACUCAGGAUUUGGGGCCUCCUUCACACUUUAAAUUUUUGAAAAUUUUAAUUAUGACUCUAUAAAGGCUCCAAGUGCAAUUAAUAACAAGAUCUUUCUACCUUUCACAGAAUUUAAUAAAGAUUCCACUUGUAUCUGUCUUUUAAUAGCUUUCCCCUUUGUGCCCUCGUGGCCUCAGAAAUCUUCAAGAAUUGCAGGGGUGAAUGUGACCAUAGCUGAUUUAUUCAGAGUGACUCAGUUUAGGAACCAAAAGGCCCAGGUGAGACAAACAUCUCUUUUCUCUACAGAGACCAAGACACCUUGACCUGUCUGCUUGCGUCACCCUGUAAAGGUGUCUCAGAAUUUGCAGUCAGAGCUCACUGAAUGUGUGCGCGUUCAGCAGAGUCCGCAGGCAGAGCGAGCUCACAGGGCCUGAGCGCUGUCACAGUCGGCUGUGAGUCAGGAGGGAGAGCGCGCUGUCUCCAGUUCCCCUCCUGGCUUUCCUCUUAAUAGCAUUCAGACUUCCUGGGAUGAGCUGCCUGCCCCCAGACCGCUGAGAAGACUGCUGUGCUGUUGCUUCUUCCUUGAAAUCCAGAUAGCAGAGGCUGCUGGGGUUGUGGUCUGUAGAAGAGCUCUUGUCUAGAGCGUUUAAGGCCCUGGGUUCAAUCCCUGGCACUGCACACACACACACACACACACACAC